AUGGAGGUGCCGCUGCUUGAUCGGAGCUUUGACGAAGGUGGAUUGAUCGGAGCAAAUGGCGAUUACCUUCCCGGUAAAGGAUGGAAGACGUGUUGGGAGAUUUUUCGGAUUGAAUCUUCAAAGCUGUGGGGAAUAGGCGGACCGAUAGCGUUCCAAAUCGUGUGUGAAUCGAUCAUCGACUCCAUAUCCACCAUGUUCGUCGGACAUCUCGGUAAUAUUGAACUCGCCGCCUUCUCCGUCGCUCACUCGGUCAUCAUCUUCUUCUCUUAUGGCUUACUGCUCGGUAUGGGAAGUGCUCUGGAGACAUUAUGUGGUCAGGCAUUUGGUGCAGGGAAGCUUGAAAUGGUCGGCACUUACACACAGCGAUCAAUGCUAAUACUAUUCCUCUCGUGUAUAUUUCUUUUGCCUCUUUACAUAUUUGCUUCGCCGUUGCUUAAGCUCCUCGGCCAGGAACAAGACGUCGCAGAACUAUCCGGACCUUUUGCGAUGCUAACUAUUCCUCAGUUAUUCUCAUUAGCCAUCUCAAUUCCAACUCAGAAGUUUCUUCAAGCACAGAGCAAAGUCUCUGUAUUAGCUUGGAUAACAUUUUCUGCUACAUUGUUGCAACUUUUUCUUUGUUGGCUGUUCAUCACUGUUCUUGGCUGGGGAACGACAGGCGCUGCUGUGGCAUUUGAUAUUACGAACUGGUGGGUUGCGAUUGGGCAAUAUGUUUACGUUGUUUGUUGGUGCAAGGAUUCUUGGAAGGGAUACACUUGGGAUGCUUUUAAGGAUUUGUGGGAGUAUACCAGAUUGUCCCUUGCAUCUGCUGUUAUGCAGUGCCUGGAUGUUUGGUAUCUGUCGAGCCUUGUCAUUGUCACUGGGAGUUUAGAUAAUUCUGUCACCGAAGUUUCUUCUCUUACGAUAUGCAUGAAUGUUAACAUGUGGGAGCUUAUGCUGUUUAUGGGACUCAAUGCCGCCGUAAGUGUUCGAGUUUCGAAUGAGCUUGGCUCUGGACGCUCCAGAGCUACAAAAUAUUCGAUCUAUGUGACAAUCGGGCAGUCAUUUUUUAUCGGGAUUGUAUGCAUGCUUACAAUUUUAGCUGCAAGAGAUCAUUUUGCGAUCCUUUUCACCGACAAUGUAGAAAUGCAGCGAUCCGUCUCUCGCCUUUCUGUUCUACUUGCAUUUACAAUGGUCCUCAACAGCAUUCAGCCUAUUUUUUCAGGCGUGGCUAUAGGCUGCGGGUGUCAAGGACUUGUGGCUACCGUUAACUUGGCUUGUUACUACGGUUUUGGCCUUCCUUUCGGAAUUUAUCUCGGUCACAUUGUUAAGUUGGGAGUUGUGGGUGUUUGGAGUGGGAUGGUGUCCGGAAUGAUUCUGCAGACGCUUAUUCUUGUGGCGAUCCUUUCUCGGACCGACUGGGAGCGAGAGGUGGAGAAGACUACAAAUCGGUUGGAGAGAUGGGAACUUAGCCAUAAUGGUGUAUGA